ACUCAAUCGUCCACGGCGACCUCUCGCCAGAUCCACCGCAAUUGCUCCCCUUCAUCUCCGACAAGCUCCUUUCAAUCUACCUCCCAAUCAUCGUCUACUGGGUAUACUCCCUAGUAUUCGAAGCCAUCUCGUACCUCGAAUGGCCAUGUUUCGAGAAAUACAGACUGCAUACACCCCUGGAACUGCGGCAACGGAACAAGGCGUCGCCAGGAGCUGUGUUUAGGGAUGUGGUGGCCGAGUGUGGAUGCCGUUGUGGAGAGGGCGCAGCUGGCUGCGAGGAUGGUGAGGUACAAUGUGGAUGUGAAGAACGCGGCCGUCGCUUCGUUGGUGCUGCACGACUAUGUGUUCCCGGCAGCACGGUUCGUGAUCGCUAUUACCGUUCUCGACACCUGGCAGUACUUUCUGCACCGCGCAAUGCACCUCAACAAGUGGCUCUACCGCACUUUCCACUCUCGCCACCACCGAUUGUACGUUCCCUAUGCGUACGGUGCGCUUUACAACCACCCUAUCGAAGGACUCUUGCUCGACACCAUCGGCGCUGGACUCGGAUUCUUGGUUUCUGGCAUGUCCGUCGGCGAGUCCGUCUUCUUCUUCACCUUUUCGACGCUGAAGACUGUCGACGAUCACUGCGGUUAUAACUUCCCCUGGGAUCCUCUACAGAUCUUCUUCCCCAACAACUCCCAAUAUCACGAUAUCCACCACCAGAGCUACGGUAUUAAGCGCAACUUUUCGCAGCCAUACUUUACUUUCUGGGACAAGGUGCUAGGGACGCACAUGAGCGCCGAGGAGAUCCCGAAGAAGUUGAAGUUGACCAAGACUGGUGUCAAGUUCAACCGAAAAAGAGGAAACUGUCACGAGGAGAGUAACGAGGAGGCAAGCCGCUAUGGCUGCCGCGUUGUGAUUCCGCCUUUUUUUUUAUUCAAUCAUUUAUCGUUAUGGGCUAAUCUUUCGUAUUGCAAUUCGGAUUGGGGCAUAUUCGGGAUGGUAUUGUUUGGUCGUUUGUUCUGUUGUUUUCUCUUCCCCAACUUUCGUUCAGUCCUUUUAUAAUUUGUUCCCACGCGUGCAUUGUCCAGGAUCAGGAUUGCGCAAGAAUGAUAUCACCUUGCUGAUCUGUAAAGAUAUAUAAACCUUGAUUUGUCCACCGAAUCUCCAACGAUCCCAACUUAUUUUCUCAUCUACUAACACGAUUCAUCAUGGCCGUCGGAGGAGCUACCAACGCUGAUGCCGUCCAGCCCGGA